GCGGACUACAGUGUUGUGUAUGCGGCCUUAUAACCUACAAGGUUGAUAAGCAGGGUAUCUGUAUUUUUUUUCCCCACAACCGUGUGGUUAUGGAAAUAAAAGCUAGGCUAUAAAAUGGCCGAAUAUUCCCAAAUGAAUAAAACAUAUCAUCACUUCCUCUACCCAGCGCCCAAAAUGUUGACCCGCAUGCUAGACCUUCCUGCAGAAGUCAUCCAUAGGAUUCUAGGCCACCUUCCGCUUGAGUACGCCAGAAUUUUUCUUUCCCACCCGGUGACCAACCCGAUCGCCUUGUAUUCAAUCUUCAAGACCAUUGUGAUCCAAACCACCCAGACCACUUCCGGCUGUAAGAAUUGCUGCCCCAAAGUCAAAUCACCGCCUACCCUCGUGAUGCAGGACAAGGUUGUCAUGUCCCAACAGCAGUUUAUGGAGAUUUUGGUGCCACUGAAGGAGCUCGAGAAAAUUCCUGGCAACCAGCUCGGAAAUGAAACCCAAAUGCUCUUGAACAAAAUGUUUCAGACCCGGAUGACCAACUGGGACGACUUGCACAUCUCCAGUGUGAUCAUGACCCUUCAAGCCGAAGAUAGCGCUUUUAUCGAGUACUUGACAUUGAACAAAACCUUUCUCAAGGUGUUCAACUCAAAGGUGUCCAAGCUUCAUUUACGGAUCAACGGGCUGCAGGAUUACCCCAAGCUGGGAUUCAAGAACCUACGCAAUCUCAACUCGUUGCUCAUCAGCCACCCCUCCGUGGAAACAGGGACGGUAAUUGAGCUCCCUGAGGAGGGCCUUACCGAUUUGGAUAUCGUGGGAUCCGGCUUCCCAGAAAUUAUCUACCAAAAGUUUCCAGACUGCAUCAAGCGGUUGGGGUUGGCCCAAAACCAGUUGGACGUAUUUGACCAGGCAAAGGUUGGCUGGCCAAAGGAGAUGGAGGCCUUAGGCUUGGAAGGCAACUAUAUCCACGAUAUCACCUGUUUAUCCAACUUGCCGCCUACAUUGCAAGACUUGACCUUGUCGUACAACAACAUUUCCAACAUACCAAAGACAUUUUCCUUCCCCCGGACCUUGAGGUCAUUGAACUUGAGUGCCAACCAGUUGACGUCGUUUCCAAACUUGGAGCAGUCGGACCAGAUCGAAGAGCUUGUCUUGGCCCUGAACAACUUAACCAGCGUGGGAUACUUACCUCUGGCGCUCAAGCGUAUGGACUUGGGUGAUAAUCAAUUGACCAACAUCGACUCUGUCAAGUUUCCCCAGGGGUUUGAAGAGUUGUUGUUGGCGUUCAACCGGAUCAGCGAUAUCGGUAACGUUCAGUUUCCCAAAAGCACCACAAGAAUAUCAUUAUGCAACAAUCGCUUGAUGAACGAGUUUACUGGCAACGCGCACGCCUCUAGGUCGUUUGAAGCCCUCCAUGGUCUUGAAAACUUGAUCACGUUGGAUUUGUCCCACAACAACCUAAGCCGCGUGGACUUUCACAACUUUGCGAUUCCCGCUUCGGUAGAAGGGCUUUUGCUAGAUAGCUGCCAUUUAGCGCACGUCCAUUCGAUUCGCUUGCCCCAACAGCUACAAGUUUUAGAUUUACAGAGAAACCACAUUACCAAGAUUUCUAAAAUUGAGCUACCCCUUAGGCUAAGAGAGUUGUACCUCAACGGUAACACGAUCGAAGACUUUGACCAGAUCCAGGUACCGGCAACCAUGGAGCGGAUCGGUACGCCCAACUUCCGGAUUAUGAAUCCCCAAAAGUUUAGAAUCCCGGACCACAUUACAUCUCUAUUUAGGUAGUUGUAUAUUCAAUUAAGUCUCACUGAUACUAAUAUCCACAGCCACUGGACGGUGG